UUGGGCCCCUUAUUUAAAAUAAAUUAUGGAUUUAAAAGAAAGAGAUAUGGUAUCCUAAAUUGGAGGGGAUUUACAAGGGUUCCGAAAGUGAAAUUUAAUUUUUAUGUCGACAGGAUCCUGGUGUGUAUCUACAUAUUGGCAUGCUUGAAUUAGGGUUCGAUAUUACUAGACGGGGCUGGGCUUACGGGGAACGGAAGUUGCGGGGAAUUCGAGUUAAGAGAACGGGGAAUUCGAACCGCGCGGAUGUGGAACUGGGGUUCUGGGGGAGGACCUCUUCCGUCCCUAGGGAAUUCCCUUCCCCGGGGACGGGGAUGAGCCCUAGUUUGAAUGUCUUACAUUUUUGUCAUGAUUCUCCGUUGCUUUAUAGUCCGCUGCUUUAUUCUCAAAUGAGUGUUUAUCAUCCGAUGCUUUAUUCUCGAAUGCUUUGUUGUCCAUAUGUUUGUUCUCCAUUUCUUUAUAGUUCAUUGUUUUAUUGUCCUGUUUAUCCGAAUCUUUCAUUAUUAACUUGUUGGGAUUUUAAUUUAAAAAAUUUAAUCUAA